AUGGACACUCCUAUGGUGUAUUCGCCAACCUUCGAACCACCUUUCGUCAUUGACAAGACGCGAGACAGACUUCAGGUGCGCCUUCGAAAGAACCACCUUGAAGGCUACGUUUUGAUCAACCUCCCGCAAUAUGACCCCAUAGAGGCUAUGAAAGCCGCCAUGUCUAUCGUCAAGGACAUGGACAUCGCGAUGUUGAACAAGCCGCAUGGGAGCAACUCGUCCGGUUGGGUGUCCCUGACGGGGCAUCCAUGGUGCCAUGCUACGACCCUGAAUCGUGGAAUUCACUUCGCCCUUCCUUUGGCUGCGGUACAAGAGGACAACAUGCGAAAGGACAAGCAACAGCAGGCCGAAGUUGCUGCUCCUCCUUUGAAGGCACCUCCUACCGACGCGAGAGGGAGGAAGAGAACCCGCCCCGAAGACGGUGGUUGCCAAGAACGUCCCCGCAAGCGUCCAGAUUCUCUAGGCUGGUCUGGGUGGCUCCGCUGGAGUAGUGCCAGUCCAGCCCCCAACCCCUGA